AGAAAUUCAGAAGACCGAAAAAUAAUCAAAGCUUACCCAACACACGUUUGAAUACCCUCCUCACUAUAAAUACCAAAACCGUAUUCAUUUAACUCCUCACAAUCUUCAACCUCAACCACUUUAACAAACUCAACAAACAACCAUAACAAUUUCAUUUCCUUUACUUCAAAAAAAAAAAAAAACGAUAAACGCUAAACGCAAACGCACUUAAUCACUAUGCAAACCGUUUCGGUUUCACCUCGCAGCGAGGUUUCUGGAAAGUUCGAAAAUGAUUUUUUUGAAAAACUUAAAAUCGAAGAUGAAAAUGUAGAAAACGAAGUUAAGCACGAUGAGGUAGAAGAGGAAUACGACGAAGAAGAAGAGUUUACCUUCGUUUUCGCAGAUCCUAAUGGCUCGCCGAUUUCCGCUGACGAUGUGUUCGAUCACGGUCAGAUACGUCCGAUUUUUCCUAUUUUCGGUCAGGAUCUAAUGUUCACCGACGAGUAUGACAGCGAAUCUGGUAACCGCUCGCCAGUGAAGAAGAUCUUCGUUGAAUCGCCGUCAAAGGCGACGACGACUUCUGCGGCGGUGGAAGGGGAGUACUGCGAGUGGAAUCCGCAAAAAGCGGUGAAGAGCAACUCAACAGGAUCGUCGAAACUGUGGAAGUUUCGCGAUCCGAAGCUUCGAAGCAACAGCGACGGCAAAGACGCGUUCGUGUUCUUAAAUCCGGCGAAGGUAGAGAAAACGAGUUCCGGUGAAGCGAAAAACGUCGUCGUUAAGAAGGUGAAAAUGGUGAAGGGGAAAACGACGUCGGCGCAUGAGAAACAUUAUGUGAUGAAUAAAGCGAGAAAGGAAAGUGAUAAACGCAAAUCUUAUUUGCCGUAUAGACAAGAGCUGUUUGGGUUCUUUGCUAGUACCAAUGGAUUGAGCAGGNAUGUUCAUCCUUACUGAGAUUUUUUUAAAAAUAGUUGAUGUAAUUAGAUUUAUGUUCUUUUAUUUAUUUAGUUGUAUAUGUUUGAUGAAUAUCGAACUAACUUGAGAUUAUUUUGAUUUGAUGUAUAUUGAUUAUGGUAUUAUAGGUUUAAUUUGGAUUAACAAAAAUAGUAUUGCCGUAUUAAAAAAA